AAGAAUUAAACCGAUUUGGCUAACCUACACUGCAGUCUUAAUUUUUAUAGUAAAUUCUUAUCGAUAUAAUACAGAAGUAUUACAAUUUAUCUACGGAGUUCGAUUAUAAAGGUGUAAUACAUUUUGUGAAGCGUUUCGUGAUAAAUUUAUUUAUACUUAUAUUAUGUUUGUUAUGAGGUAAAAGUACUUAUUUUUUAUCGUUUCGAUAUUCGAGAACUCGUGAACGCGCAUUUACGCACCAAGUGAAGUUCACUCAAAAUUUGUUUGUCGAAAAUGACCAAUCCACCGGAGACUUUUUUCGACUACUAUAAACUACCAGGACCUUGGUACAACGUCAAAUACACGAUUUAUUACUGGUUUUUCACCGCGAUUAAGACAAUUUUGCGUUUCUUUGAUGUCCAUACGAAGCACGGUAAACCGGAAGACAACGACGGGCCACACGAACUUAACGACAAUAUUGGCUAUGACGCCACUUGGAUUGGAGGCACCACGCCCGACGGUAAAUGGAUCAUAUUAGCACUUGAUAGACGAAAUGAAAGUAAAAUGUCCAUAGGAUACGCAUGUUUAAAGAUUCCAGGAAUCGGACACCUGUCUACUCCGAUGUAUCCAAAUUCCAUGGAUAACUCGUUGGAAAACAGCGACGAUGGUUUCACUUUGGACAAAUUUACUUUGACGGUGAUCGAACCUCUCCGACGAUGGAAAGUCAAUUUUGAAGGUAAAAUGACAUUUGUGGACGAUCCGGACGCCUCGGCCCACGUAAAGAUAACAGCUGAAUGGACGAGCCAACGUGACGUGUGGUUACUGAAUCGGGACUUGAGUAGCGAAUCGUUCGCCGACUCUUUUGCACUGGAAAACUGGAACAUGUUCUCCGCCACCCUAUUCGACCGUUCCAAAGACGAUGUGGUGCAUUGGGAGCAGUUCGGUCGAUUGGACGCGGACAUCGAGAUAGACAGGAUAGGAAUUGAAAUUCGCAACGCGGCUACCGUCAGGGACAGGAGCUUUGGUAAAAUUAGAGAUUUUACAGCGUUGCACAGAUAUUUCUACAUAACCAUGUUCAUGGAAGACGAUCAGUCCCUGGUGAUUACGGUGGUUUGUCACAAAAAGACGUUUUCACGGCUGUUUUUCGGAUUUAUCAGCAACGAUGACGGUACCAACAGCAAUAUAGACUGGACCGAUUUGAACAUACAUCAAUUCGGCGAAAACGGCAGAGUUACCGAAGAACUGUGUUUUUUAAUAAGAAUCGGUAAAGUCGUCCACACCGUGCAAGUCGUAUGCGACAGCCAACACUGGUAUCGACUGGAAAAGGGCGUAGUGAGAUGCGAACAGAUCGGCGACUGCUUGGUCGACAACGUGCCAGGCAAGUGUAUGAUCCAGUCGCUGUACAGCGAGACGUCACUGAGGUCGAAAACUUUUUGCAAGCCUCUGAGUUAUUUGAACUAUUAGUUAUAUUUUGACAAUUUAUUAAAGCCUUUUUCAAAACGAUAUUAUAAUAUAGUUAACGGA